UGCAACCAGACUGGCGAGUGUACCCCUCUGCUAGAUGCUCUGAAAGGAGAACGAUUGGGGGUAAAAUAGUAAAAGCAGCCAAAUGCCUCUUUCUUUUAAAUGUGGACUGGCGUGCUUACCUCUCUCCAGUUUCAGCUUCGGAAGCUCGGAAAGAUGGAGAUCUCCCCGAGGUCCGCGAUCGCGCCAUGUGUCGUCCUUUUGCUCAGUGUUUCGUUCCUGUGUAGGGCCGCGGAAUCGCCGUCGUACACGGUGGUCCAUCAAGAAUCGGACUUCGAGGUCAGGCUUUACCGAGAAUCCACGUGGAUGUCCGCCCCUGCUCGCGACAUCUCCUUCGCGAAGGCCACCCUCAAUGGCUUCCACAGGUUGUUCCAGUUCAUUCAAGGCGCCAAUCUGAACUUCUCCAGGAUUCCGAUGACGUUUCCAGUCGUGACGAGCAUAGUCCCUGAAGCUGGACCGCUCCACUCGUCGGCCUACUCUGUCCUGUUCUACUUGCCGCCAAAGUUCCAGGCUGACCCCCCGACCCCUCUUCCCGAGCUCAACCUGAAGCCGCACGUGUGGGAGAGCCACUGUGUCGCAAUCAGAAAGUUCUCUGGGUUCGCGAAGGACGAAAACAUCAUCCAGGAAGCGGAGAAGCUCUCAUCCAGCUUGAGCAGGUCGCCGUGGGCAAACAUGACCUCUUCCGAGAGUAGCUAUGCCUAUUCGAUCGCUCAGUAUAAUUCUCCCUUCCGAGUGAUUGGCCGUGUUAAUGAAGUCUGGGUCGAUGUUGAUGUCGAUGCUCCUGGAUCAAAUGGUUGCAAGUUCAAUGGAGUUGCUACAUAUUGAUGCACGGUGAUUGACUUGUUUAGACUAGUAUAGAUUCCUGGUCCUGGUACUAUGGUCAAGAACUUAGGUCUGGGUCUUUCUGUGACCCCUACUUGUAAAUAUAUUAAGGGUCUGCAAGAUCUCCUUGCAUAUCUUGGAUCUUGGGUAAAAACUCUCACUUGUGAAUUAUAUCAUCCAGUUUCACAU